CUCUGAACGUCUCUUCUAUUCUUUCCUUUAAUCUCUAUUGUUUUUGUCCAUUUAAGGCCCUCCGUAAUAGAUCAAAAUCCCUGCCUCUCGAGACCCCUUUCACACCGUUGAUUGCGCCCACUACAAACCGCCAAAAUGGGUUGCGGAAUGAGCACUGAGGACAAGGAGGGGAAGGCGCGGAACGAGGAGAUUGAGAACCAGCUCAAGCGCGACAAGAUGAUGCAAAGAAACGAAAUCAAGAUGCUGCUUCUUGGAGCGGGAGAGUCGGGCAAGUCCACAAUCCUCAAGCAGAUGAAGCUCAUCCACGAGGGUGGAUACUCUCGUGACGAGCGCGAAUCGUUCAAGGAGAUUAUCUACAGCAACACCGUCCAGUCCAUGCGGGUAAUUCUCGAGGCCAUGGAGUCCCUGGAGCUGCCCCUGGAGGACGCUCGCAACGAGUACCACGUGCAAACCAUCUUCAUGCAGCCCGCUCAGAUUGAGGGUGACAGCAUCCCCCCCGAAGUCGGCACCGCCAUUGGCGCUCUCUGGCGCGACACCGGUGUUCAGGAGUGCUUCAAGCGCUCGCGCGAGUACCAGCUGAACGACUCUGCCAAAUACUACUUCGAUUCAAUUGAGCGUAUCGCCCAGCCCGACUACCUUCCCACCGACCAGGAUGUCCUCCGUUCCCGUGUCAAGACCACCGGUAUCACCGAGACCACAUUCAUCAUCGGAGACCUGACAUACCGCAUGUUCGACGUUGGUGGUCAGCGUUCCGAGCGUAAGAAGUGGAUUCACUGCUUUGAGAAUGUUACCACCAUCCUCUUCCUGGUCGCCAUCUCCGAGUACGACCAGCUGCUCUUCGAAGACGAGACCGUGAACCGUAUGCAAGAAGCCUUGACUUUGUUCGACUCCAUCUGCAACUCCCGGUGGUUCGUCAAGACCUCGAUCAUUCUCUUCCUCAACAAGAUUGAUCGUUUCAAGGAGAAGCUCCCCGUCAGCCCUAUGAAGAACUACUUCCCCGACUACGAAGGCGGUGCCGACUACGCCGCGGCUUGCGACUACAUCCUGAACCGUUUCGUCUCUCUCAACCAGGCCGAGCAAAAGCAGAUCUACACUCACUUCACCUGCGCCACUGACACCACCCAGAUUCGCUUCGUCAUGGCUGCUGUGAACGAUAUCAUUAUUCAAGAGAACCUCCGUCUCUGCGGUUUGAUCUAAUGAAACCGUUUCCGUGACGAGUGUCGAUAGAUCGCAUGUUUUCAUUAACCGGGGCUGAUCGGAACCGCCGGUCAAAAGCCUCGUUUCAAGAUCCCGGCGUUGAAUUCCUUCUGCUUUGCUUUUCCUUUCUCUCUUCUUCUUGAUUUCCCUUUUCCUUUCUCAUCUUCUAAUUGUCUCGUCCUUGACACGAUCUCUAGCCGGCUUUUGUGUUUUCCUUUGUCACUCCUGAUAUCCACGACAGAAAACAAGGAGUGUGCGAAAUCCACGGGCUCACCCUCCACCCCCGUGGUCUUGUUUUUCUCAACUUUCUUUUUGUUUGAUCCUUUCCUGCCACUUUCUUACCUCUUUCCACUUUUUUCUUUUUUUUUUAACCUGUCUGAUUUGAAUGCUGGAUAUCCUAUCAUCUUGUGGUGCCCCCCUCUUCUUGUUUAUCUUGUAUGUAACCAUACCGUCUUCCCCCAUCAUUUUCCUUGGUCUCUCGCGUCCGUUGGAAGCCUCGAGCGACCAUCUGGGCAAACUAGGCACGGGGAAAUGGCAGGAUCCGCGGAUUUUCAUGUCUCCUUCUCAUGUGUCAUGCCAGGUCGGUCGUUGGGUUAUUUUCAGAGUUCAAGAAUUGAAUCUAGG